AUGGAGCACGGUUCGUUCACGAACAAUAGCCAUGCUUCGUUUACUCUGGCAGAAGAAGAUCACACACUUGCAAACGCCGUUCGAUUCAUGUUAAACCAAGAUCCGAGAGUAACUUUGGCUGGAUACAGUAUCCCACAUCCUUCCCUUGACCGUGUCAAUAUCCGUGUCCAGACAACAGGCGAUCCGGCAAGGGAGGUAUUGAAAGAUGCAUGUCAAGAGCUCAUGCUCAUGAACAGGCAUGUGAGGAGCGUCUUUGAUAAGGCGGUUGCAGAGUUUAAGGUUGAACAAGCGCGUCUCAAGGCUGAAGAGGAAGAACGUGAGAAGGCUAAAGAAGAGCUUAAGAAGCAAAGGGAACAACUCGAGUCCAUGGACAUUGAAGGCAACUAA